AUGCCGCCGGUGCCACCACCAGCGAGGCGCACGUUCAUGGCGCGCCUCUCGCCCCCGGGACCCUUCACGGCAUCCUUCACCCCGAGUAGCUGUCAUGGUGUCGACCAGAGGCUCGACGGCGACCCCCGAUCUUCUCGGAUCCGGUACCGCUCCAGCCGUGCCGCCCAGACAGAGGACGACGACGUCGUGUACCCGGGGCCCGCGGCGCUGCUGCCGACGCGACACCCUGGGGCGCACCGCGCUGAGCGCCACGCAGCCCAGCGCCACCGUGUGGCCCCAGCGCCAACGCCAGCGGCGCCCAAGGAGAGCAGUAGCGGCAGCGACAGCAGCUCACCGUCGGAUGCCGCGUCCCUCUGGUCCAGGGCGCGAACGACACCGACACACCACGUCGUCGAGCGCGAGCUCCGUACGAAGCGCCUCGUCAAGACGGCGGGGCACGGCCGCCCCGUCGAGAGCCUGCCAUCAACGAGACCCGGGCUGACUCCGCACACCGAGGCGCGCCUUUUGAGGACGCCCAAACGAAGGAACGACUGCGACGACAGCGUGGGGUUGCCGUCGAGGACCAGGGACUUCCCGGCCGCGCACCGCCGCACGGCGCCGUCCGGAGGCAGGGGCAGGUCGCCGUCGAGGAGGGUGGCCGUGGACUUGAACGCGUCCUCCAGCGAGACGGACUGCUUGGCCGUCCCGAGUCGUCACACUCCACCGCCCAGCUCGGCCAGCUCCCGUCGAAGUUCCAGGUCCGCGUCCGAGUCCGCCUCCGGACCCGGCAGCGAGACUCGCAGUCACCGACACCGUCAUCGACACCACGUCGCUGUCAGCUCUUCCGAGUCACCCUGGGUGGAGGACCGGGAGAGGCACCGUCACUCUGAUCACGCCGCGGCCACUGCGAAGCUCUUCGAGCACUCCAGCACCUCGAGCCGACAUCACCGCCGGCGCCCGCAAGGCCACUCCGAGAAUGAGUGGCACUCCGGCGGGCACUCUAGCAGGCACUCCAGUGGGCACUCUAGCAGGCACUCGAGCGAAAACUCGACCAGACACUCCAGCAGGCACUCUAACGGUCAAUCCCAGAGGCAAUCGAGCAGAUCCACGGACAACGAGGGCGGGGCCGAGCGGCGGCGAACUAACAGGCGGUUGGAUCGGGAAACAGAGGCUGGACACUCUGAGCGUCUGGCCGCAGACAGGCACGCUGACCGAGAAGACGCCGGGCAGCAUCAGCAGCGGCGAGCCGACCGCAACCUCGAAUGGGAGGCGACUGCCCAACGCCAACGACGAGUCGACGUCGGCGGACGGACGCACCGGGGGGAAGCACCCGAGGCCAGGGAAGUCCGUCGGAGAAGUGGCCAUCAGCACAGCAGGGAGCGGGCCGAGGACGCGGGGGCGGCCACCCCGCCGCGUCCCCGGGACGGCCACCUCCGGCACGCCCGGGACCGGGAGCGCGAGCGCGAUCCGCCCCUCCGGCGCAGGCUGACCCCCAUCCCCGAGGCGGCCGACGACCGCGACCGACCGCACAGCAGCAGGGACGACUCACAGUUCCGCCAUCGGAGGCGGUGACGAGACGGCCUGGCCUGUUUAGCCCCCUCCCCUCUCCCCCGUGGACAAGAGGACAGAGAGCGCGAAGUACAAAUAUUGUGACGCGGCAGCCCCGGCCCCGCCACACCCCUCGUGACACUCGGCCCCUGAGCGGCCCGGUCAGAUUUGCAUUUUAUUUACCGCUCAGUGGCGGCCUCUGGCGGCCUCUGGCGGCCCCGGACGUAAACGUGUAGCGUUUUAUAAAGCUCCUCAUCUAACUUUUGCGAUGAUUAAUUACUUUUUGAUGAAUAUUUAUGAGGGGCCGAGACUGAGGUGUGACCCGGCAUAAGGCGCGGCGGAACAUCG